GAAAAAGUGAUUUAGUGUAUAACAAAAGAAAUAUUAUGUAAAAAAAAAAAAAAAUAUUAUGUAAUAAAACUUAUUUACAAACAAAACACGAAGAAAUCUAGCGACCCGUUCUUUUGAACGAACGUAAUCUAUACCAAACCGACCCUUUAUAAUGCCGGUAUAAGGAUCGGGACGAACUGUUUACGGCCACGAUGCUUGCAAUGUCGACAUUAAUGAUGCCCGCUGCAACUAUGACCACUAUGACGAAUGCUGGUCCCAUACCGGUUGCAGCGGCGACCAAGUUGGAGCCGAAGUUGCUGCAAUUACCGCACCCAGCGCUGAUGCCCCAAAUACAGCAGCAACAACCUCAGCAACAUCACCACCAACAUUCGCACGGCAACAACAAUAAACUUGAACACUACCACAUCUUCGUCGGAGAUUUGAGUCCGGAGAUCGAGACUCAGAACCUUCGUGAUGCAUUUGCACCCUUCGGAGAAAUAUCGGACUGCCGAGUGGUGAGGGACCCGCAGACAUUAAAGUCUAAAGGCUACGGCUUCGUAUCGUUCCUCAAGAAGUCGGAGGCAGAAUCCGCUAUCACAGCCAUGAACGGCCAAUGGCUCGGAUCCAGAUCCAUUCGAACGAACUGGGCGACAAGGAAACCUCCAGCUCCUAAAAAUGAACUAAACUCCAAGCCGUUGACAUUCGAUGAAGUUUACAACCAAAGUUCACCGACCAACUGCACGGUGUACUGCGGAGGUCUGACCACAGGCCUGACAGAGGAGCUCAUGCAGAAGACUUUCCAGCCCUUCGGCACCAUCCAGGAAAUACGCGUGUUUAAGGAUAAAGGAUAUGCUUUUAUAAGAUUCUCAACAAAGGAGAGCGCCACCCACGCCAUCGUCGCUGUCCACAAUACGGAUGUCAACGGGCAGCCAGUCAAGUGUUCCUGGGGCAAAGAAUCCGGAGAUCCAAAUAAUGCCCAAUCUCAGGGCCAGCUUGGUGGCACAGCGUAUAGUCCAUUCGGGGCGUACACGGGCGGUGUACCCCCAGCGUCUUACUGGUACAACACGUACCCCCAACAACUCGGCGGGUUCUUGCAAGGCGUACAGGGGGUACAAGGUUACUCUUAUGCGGGACAGUUUGCCGGCUACCAGCAACAGUAUAUGGGAAUGGGAGGAGUUCAACUGCCCUGGGCCCUGGGCGGUGGUGUGGGUGGUGUUGGGGGAGUGGGGGGUGUUGCUGCUAUGUCUCAACCACCCCAAGUAUUGCACUACCCAGUCCAGCACUUUCAAGUCCAGCCGAUCGGAGAGGAUGAGUGGUUGGCUCCGAGUUUGCUCGUGUGAGGCCAGCGAGCCGCUUCCCAAGAUCCUUGCUGCUGCGCACACAAGGAAUGGAUGCUAAACUAACCCCCCCCCCCCUUAAACUAUACCCAGACAACACUCCAAAUCUUGUUGUUUUGCUAUUAUGUUGUUGUAACAAUUCUGUUGUUAUUCUAGUUAUUAUAUAUUUGUUUUAAUUCCGCUAUAGUUUAUGCUUCGUUAUCAUAUAUGUUUUCAACCGAACGAUCGCUUGAAAUGUACAUCUGUCUUCUAUGAGCAAUCUAGUACUUGAUUUUAUUUAAUUUGGUAAUUCCUUCCAUUACAAGCGUUCGGUCGGAUUGUGAUUUCGUUAUUUAGAAAGGGGAAUCCUCUGUCGCAGGGAAGGUUCUGGGCGUAUGUGGCUUAAAGCCUUGCAUAUAAAAGUCUCGGAGCGGUAUAUGUCUGUCGAAGUGGAGCAUAAUGUGAGUCAUUCUAACGAAGUAUUUCUUUCUAUCGCUGCUUGAAACUGCGUCAAAAAAUACGCGGUAACAUUAGAUAAUAUAUAGUUAAUUAUAAGUAAUGAUAAGAUAUAUAAUUAAGACUAUAUCAGAAGGACGCGGGCCAAUUGGUUGCGAAAAAUAAGUGUGACAUUUUUUUUUUUUUUCGUGGAAUCAAGCAAUGUUACGGUACCAAACAUCAAUAAGCACAAGUCUAGGAUAAGAUUAGUGGAAAAAUAAUGUAGAUUUUUGGAAAAAUGUUUAAUAGGGAACCUAGAAAAAUGUAGGAAGGGUACAGAAAGCGAGUGAGCGUUUUUUAAGAAAUUUUAUAUCCGCUGUGAAAGCCAGGUGGUGACAUACAUAGAUAUUAACAAAAAAAAAAUUAUACGAAUAUGACGGAAGCUAUACAAAGAGGUUUUAGUAUUUUUUUUUUCUGGACGUCAUUACUAUGCCAAAUCAGAUCCGUUUAAUUAAAAAAAAAAACCCACGACUUUUAUAUAAUAUAUAACUAUAUGGUUAUAAAAAAGGUUGUGUCUAUAUGUAAACAAUGGGCUUGGAGAUCAUUUAAAAAAAGGACUUUGGGGAAAUACAUACCGAAUCUUAGACAAAAUAUUAGAUUUAUUUAAAUUUAAGGGAAAAGAAAAAAUAUUUAUUGUCUAGAUUAUAAGAAGCAUUUAAUCGUUUACUGUAGUUAGUCUGUAAUGGUGUGCGUGGAAAUUUGACGUUGCGUCUGACGUUUAUUUAAAAAAAAAAAAUUUUGCUGUUCUUUUUUCUUUUUCGUGUUUGUACCUCGAUAGAGGAAUACUAGAAUUUUUUAAUGGCAACAUUAUUGAAACGGUAGUCACUAUACUAAACUACUGACUUUUUUGAAAACUUUUUAAAAAAAAAAUUUGGCGUACAGA